AUGAAGCUUACGCUGGGCAUUGCCGCAGCGCUUGUUGGCUGCGCGGCAGCGUCACAGCCCGCCGCCGACGUCUACCUCCUACCGAAUCGCGAAGCCGCGUCUCCUCCGUCCAUCUCCAGCAGCGUCGCCGGACUCAUCACACAGCAGCGAGCGUCCUCCGGCUCAGUCGCCUCCGUCAGCGAGAUCCCAGACAAUGUCGACGCCGAGACGGUGGUUUCGCUCAUGAACCAAUACGGAAGCGUCCGGCCCUCGUUGUUUGAUGAACUCACCGAAGAACCCAAGCAGCUGUUUGUUAUGCUGGAGGGCCUGACGGAAGAGCAGAUCAAGGACACUCGGGCGAAGCUGGAUGUGCAGCCGUCAUUCACUAUUCCUGAAGUUCCUUCUACCGACCGUCUGCGGUGGGCCGCUGGCCUUGACGUCUCUACUAUCUACAAGGGGUCGAAGAAAGAGAAGACGAGCUGUUCGUUUGACGAAAUGAUCAAUCCGUUGGAGGAGCGAUGCUGGAGAGGAAAUUCUUUGAUUGCCGAUUUUGAUGUUCAAAAGAAGCCGGAAAUCCUCAACGACGUGAUCAACAGCUUCUCCCGGCUGGCGUCGCUUGCUGAGAUUGGCGAAAUGCAAGUGACUUUGCUGCUUCUGCCUUCCGUCGGCAAGUCGUCAGGCAAGAAACAGGCGUUGAACCGGCGCCAAGCAGAGCGAGUCAUCUCCUCCUUUCGCAAGACUGCCGCCCCUGCGGUACCGACCUCGCCAGCCAACAAGAACCAGAACAUGCUCGUCUCCAAAACGCCCAUUGCUGCCUGCUUCGACUCCGUGGACAGCUGCGUCUCUGCGACCGGCAACUGCUCUCACCAAGGACAAUGCCUGGACAGGUUCAAGUCGGAUGCUGCUGGUGGCCCCGUCUGCUUUGCGUGCCACUGCUUGAGCACCCGCGAAACAGAUGAUGGACCACUUACCCACUGGGCGGGGCCUACUUGCGCCAAGAAAGAUAUAAGCGUUCCCUUUUGGCUUUUUGCGGGCUUCACGUUGCUUCUGCUGGGAACGAUCUCAUUGGCCGUCACUAUGCUCUACAACGUGGGUGAAGAGAAACUGCCAGGCGUCAUUGGCGCUGGAGUCUCCAAGCUCUGCCAUGUAAUCAUUGGAGCCAACGCCUCAUGUAUCAUACAGAUGUAUUCAAUAGCGGUUUGUUUUUGCUUUGACACAUCCGCGCGAUCAACCACUAACAGCUCGAAAGCCGAGCGGCCAAAACUGCCCACGGCGAAAUGGGGAGCUGCCUGUGCUCCGUGUGCGGCGGCAAAGGCGAAGUGUAUACGGUCCAACGAUGCUUCGGGAGCUAAAUGCGACAGGUGUGAGAGGCUGUUGAAAGAGUGCAGCAACCAGAUCCAUCGACCUCGAAAGAAGAGACAAGCAAAGCCCUCCCGAACAUCACAGAUCGAAGAGCGACUGAAUGGCCUUGUGAGCCUUCUCAAAGCCUCUGGGGAAAUAUCUGAAACCCGACACCAUCCCUCUUCCCACCAAGGCGACUGCAACGAAGACCCGAGAACGGAAGUCUCCUCUGACCGCCCAUCGCCCUACUCGAGCUCCUCCAGUGCGAUUCCCAGCAUCUCUAACCAGGCCAAUACUUGGAUAAUCGACCCGUCAUACAACUCCUUUACUCCGAAAUCAUGCAUCUGCCAUCCAGAUACCAUGGAGGCGCCACCACCUCCCGAAUCGGACGAGGUCCUCCUUGAUUUUUACCGAAAGAAUCUCCAGCCGGUUCAUCCCUUCGUCAUCAUACCGCCCAAUGUCUCGGCGGCCGUCCUAGCGGCAAGAAGGCCGUUUCUUAUGGCCGCCAUUCGAAUGGUCAGCUCGUUUCGAAGCAUCAGGUCGAUGAGGGCGCAGAUGUAUCAUCUGAUGAAGCAUAUUGCAGACCACAUGCUCAUCCGCUCAGAAAAGUCCCUGGACCUGCUCUUGGGAAUCAUCGUCAUGCUGGGAUAUCAACAGUACCACUGCUGUCUCCAUGGACAGCUCAACAACUUGAUAACAUUGGCCGGCAGUUUGAUUGGCGACAUGGGACUGUCUAAGCCCCCGGGUCUGCACGAACGAACGCGGUUAAUGGUCGUGCGUCCACCGGAGCCGCACGGCCGAAGUAACGAAGAGAGGAGAGCGUUCGCAGGGGCUUGGUACUGGGCAUCAGUAAUAUCCAUGAACUUCCAGCGAGUAGAACCGAUGCGCUACAAUGGCUACCUUCAGGAGUGCAUUCGACAUCUCGAAGAAAACCCGGAAUACGACACCGACAUUUCUCUCGUGUAUCUCGUCAAGAUACAGCGGUUGACCGAGCGCAUUGCCGAGCUCAACUCGAGAGAUCGAGCCUCGGAAGAACUUUCUUCUGUUCCUUCAGCUCCUGUGUCGGCUUAUAUCCACGCAUUUCAGAACGAGCUUAACCACAUCCGCAAUUCUAUGCCGAAACAUUUGCAGGAGGACAGUCAGCUUCGAUUAUAUGAGCCUCCCGUCAUCGACAAGAACUUGGUCCGCUCCUUAUCCAAGUCGCUCUCCUCCGUCCCAAUGACUACGGACUCACCCCUUGACAAGAUCUACCAGUCCAGUGCCGCUUUGACAACAUGGUUCAACUCCUGGCUCUCUCUUCCCAUGUCAACCUACUACUUUCAGACUACGGCAGUUGGCUCGCACCUCGUUUACGCUCUUGUCAUGUUGGCCCGCUGGGCACGGCUGGCGACUCCCAGAGCAAUGUAUGAGGGAAAGACAACAAUGCCAGACGACCCAAGUGCAAAUAACCCCAAUGUCGCCUUGUAUAACUCGGACAUGGCCAACGCGCAGUACGAUCCUAGGAUGAUGCAAGACAAGUGUGGCAUGCCCCAGGGACACAUGCCACGACGACCCGAUCUAGAAGACCCCGACCUGGCAGCUGCCGUGGCCAUCUUGCGUACACAGCUGCAGACGCAGCCAGGCCUCAUGAUUAACAUUCCAGAGAUUCUCUCUGCCAUCUCCAGCCGCUUUGAGCAUGCCAACGCGACGUUUCAGCUAUGCUCUGCAGACACAGAACGGGUCAAUAAGAAUGUCUGGAUGAUGACAGCGCUCAAAGUCCGCAUUGCACGCGCAAAACUGGAGAAGUGGGCGGAACUUGUGGCUCAAGGAGCAGAAACCAUGAAUCUGGAAAGUCGUACCGAAGCCGACGAGAGAUUGGCGGAUUGGCAGGCGGCGAUGCACAUACCGCAAACCGAAUGUGCCGGGCUGGAUGACAUGGGCCUCUUUGCCGAUGAUAGCUUACAGGAGCCGCAGAUUGAGAACAGUUGGGGGAACAUGGCGCACAGCUCGUGGACUACCGAUUUGCUAUCCGGGUUCGAUCCCAACGGAUGGUUCGAUGGCUAUGUGGAUUGGAACACAAUGCCGAUGCACGCUACGACCUCUGCAGAACGAUGA